AUGACUAUCCCGGAAGAAGUUGACAUCAUCAUUUGUGGAGGUGGUAGCUCAGGAUGUGUCCCUGCAGGCCGUCUGGCAAACCUUGACCAUAAUCUCUCUGUUUUGCUGAUCGAGGCGGGAGAGAACAAUCUUAAUAAUCCAUGGGUCUAUCGUCCUGGCAUCUACCCCAUUAACAUGAAGCUUGAUUCGAAAACUGCAUCUUUCUAUCAUUCUCGCCCUUCGGAGCAUCUGGAUGGCCGACAGGCCAUUGUCCCCUGUGCAAAUAUUCUCGGGGGAGGGAGCUCAAUCAACUUCAUGAUGUAUACGAGGGCGUCUGCCUCGGAUUAUGAUGACUUUCAAGCCGAAGGUUGGAAGACAAAAGACCUGAUUCCUCUGAUGAAAAAGCAUGAGACCUACCAGCGUGCUUGCAAUAACCCCGACCUGCAUGGAUUUGAGGGCCCUAUCAAGGUGUCUUUCGGCAACCAUACCUAUCCUAUCGCGCAGGAUUUCCUCCGUGCCGCUGAAUCCCAAGGAAUUCCAACUACCGACGAUCUUCAAGAUUUAAAAACCGCUCAUGGAGCUGAGCACUGGCUCAAGUGGAUCAAUCGGGACACCGGAAGACGAAGUGAUGCUGCCCAUGCGUAUGUGCAUAGUACUAGGUCAAAGCACUCUAACCUCCACUUGCAAUGCAAUACCAAAGUGGACAAGGUGAUCAUCGAGGAUGGUCGUGCAGUUGGGGUCGUGACAGUCCCCACAAAGCCUCUUAAUGGCGGGGAGCCAGUUCGCAAGAUAUUCCGAGCACGCAAGCAAAUCAUCAUUAGUGGUGGUACACUCAGCUCCCCACUAAUUCUGCAGCGGUCGGGAGUGGGUGACCCAGAAAAGCUGCGCCGCGCAGGCGUUGAGCCCUUGGUGGACUUGCCAGGAGUGGGGCGUAACUUCCAGGAUCAUUAUCUCACCUUCUCCGUUUUUAGAGCAAAGCCAGAUGUGGAGACCUUCGAUGAUUUCAUCCGAGGAGAUCCGAAAGUCCAAGAAAAUGCGUUCCAAGAAUGGAAUAUCAAGGGCACCGGUCCAUUGGCAACCAACGGCAUCGAUGCUGGAGUCAAGAUUCGACCCACGGAAGAGGAACUUGAGGAUAUGAAGAAAUGGCCAACCCCGGAGUUUGAGAGUGGGUGGGAUUCUUACUUCAAGAACAAACCAGACAAGCCAGUGAUGCACUAUUCGGUCAUAUCUGGCUGGUUCGGAGACCAUAUGCUCAUGCCACCGGGCAAGUUCUUUACUAUGUUCCAUUUCCUGGAGUAUCCGUUUUCUCGUGGCUCGACCCAUAUCCAAUCGGCUGAUCCAUAUGAGGUACCCGACUUCGAUGCGGGCUUUAUGAAUGACAAACGAGACAUGGCACCCAUGGUCUGGGCCUAUAUAAAGUCCCGUGAGACUGCUCGACGAAUGGGAUCAUAUGCCGGAGAAGUGACAGGAAUGCACCCUCAAUUCGCCUUUAACUCGCCAGCUAGUGCGCGGGAUCUUGAUCUUGCAACGACGAAAGCCUACGCUGGUCCAAAUCAUAUUUCUGCAGGCAUCCAACACGGCUCUUGGUCGCAACCCUUGAAGCCUGGGAAGCAGCCAGCAUCCUCUAUUCUUAGCUCUAACAGACAUGAAGCCCACAAUACCCUUGAAUAUACCAAGGAAGAUAUUGCGCAUAUUGAGAAAUGGGUUCAACGUCAUGUCGAGACAACAUGGCAUUCAUUGGGAACAUGUAGCAUGGCCCCGCGGGAAGGAAGCUCCAUUGCGCCACAUGGCGGUGUUCUAGAUGAGCGCCUGAAUGUCCACGGAGUGAAAGGACUGAAGGUCUGUGACCUGUCGAUUUGCCCUGACAAUGUGGGCUGCAAUACUUUCAGCACGGCUCUUCUUAUCGGUGAGAAAUGUGCUGUUUUGACUGCGGAAGAUCUCGGCUAUUCAGGAGAAGCUUUGAAGAUGGAUGUGCCGAUCUAUCAUGCCCCCGGAGAGUUUGUCAAUCUCACGAGGCUUUAA